AUGGCGGCACCUGGCGGUGGUGUGCCGUUGCGUGGCGGAAAUCCGUGGCGCCAUCAGCCAUCGAAUGCUCGGAAUGGAUUCCUGGGAGCUCGAUCGAGAUUGAAUGCGGCUGGCCCCGUGGAAUUCAAUUCCAAUCUCAGCAUUGUCUUGUAUCCCGAUCCCAAGCUCCGCGCGAGGAACAUCCGCAUCAAUUCCUUUGAUGAUAAUCUCAAGAAGCUUGUCGAUGAGAUGCUGGACGUGAUGUACAGGAGAGAUGGAGUAGGCUUGUCCGCUCCACAAGUAUGCGUCAAUGCCAGGCUCAUGGUCUUUAAUCCCGAGGGUGAAAGAGGCAAAGGCAAAGAGUACGUUUUUGUGAAUCCAAUGAUUGUCAAGUUUGGGAAAGAGCGAGAAGCUGAUACUCUAGAAGGAUGCCUACCUUCUUUCGGCGCUCAGGCUAAUGUCGAGGUACUAUUCCUUCGUACAUAGAGAUUCUCUUUUAUAGCUUCCAAGUUGAAAACGGAGCGCGUAAUCGAACCGAGCAUCUUCACAGGAGACGAGCGGAAUCAAACUUAACAGUUUGUUUUCAACCGACUUGGGACGAGGCAGUCCUCUUCUCAAACCCCUCUUCCAGAUUCUGCAAAAAAAGCCCGACAUGAGGGCACAUACAACUAUGGAAUCUCUACAGGCAAAAGUACCAAAAGUUCUUGUCCAAUUGAGUUCAGUGAUUUUGGAGUCGGCCACCUUGAUGUUUGCACAGAAAAAAAAAACAAACGAGACAUUACCUUCAGGUGAUCAUCCUCAUGUCGGAAAGUUCGAGCAGUCCAGCCCUGAAGGCACCGGAAAUUUCAGCUGGCGAAGAACAAUAAGCCUAAAACCGAAUCCAACCGAGUGGUGAGUGCCUUGCUUUUAUUUCCAUCGUUGAGGAUGGCUGGAAGCUGAACCUUUUCUCAAGAAGAGAGAUAUUCUCCAGGUGCUUUAAUUCACGCAAGAUACUCGAGCAACGUUGCGGCAGAAAGAAAGUGCAGCGCUCCGGGUGAGGAAGUGGUCCGAGUUGUUUAUCACGGAACAGAGGUGGCAGCGAAAGUUCCGAAAGAUCAGCGUCCGGAAUCGGCAGAAGCAACUAGACGGCCAGGACGUUGAGAUCGGCGUGGAAGGCUAGCAGGCAAAGUAAACAGUGUGGGCGCUAAUCUCGUGUUUUUGCAAAAACUUGCAGGAGGAUACGUGCGGGAUUGAAGUUUCCGCGGUUGCCGAGUUGUUUCCAGAAAGCACUCUAUAAAAUCCUCUUUUUGGUAAGGAGUUUUGGUAAGUCGGAAUUUCAUGUUUUAAAGCUAUCCUCUUAUUCUUC